AUGGAACUGUCGAGAGGAAAGGUGGUAAUUGAGAAAAAGAUAAAUGAAUACACAAUAGAUGAGAAUGUAUUUUUUUUUGAACCAAAUAAGGAAGAUGUGUAUGACAAAAAUGCAAAACUGAGAUACAUUUUUCAUAAUACCUUUAUUAACACAGAAGAAGAAAUUGCAAUAAGUGAAUUUAAAAGAUAUUGUAAAAAUAAAUCGUUAAAAAUAAAUAAGAUAUUCUUUGAAAAUGAGUGUUUGCGCUAUUUGUACUCAGCGCAGUUUGACUUUGCAAAAGCGUUAGAAUUAAUAAAAAGUAAUUUUGAAUUUCGGUUAUCUGAUGUUCUUCCUAUAAAAGAAAAAGAUGUUAUACAUGAUAUUAAUAAAGGGGUAAUGUAUUGGCAUGGGAGAGAUAAAAAAUGUAGACCUAUAAUGAUAAUAAAUUUAUUAAAUAUUGAAUUGUUGGAUGUUGAAAAGUUAACGAAUUUAUUUUUUUUUUGUUUUGAAUUUUUUUUAAAAUAUUUGUGUAUCCCCGGAAAAGUAGAAAAUUAUAUAUCCUUAAUUGAUUGUUCAGGUAUAUCAAUGUCAAAAUUUCCAAUGUCUACAUUUAUGAAGUUAUUAGAAAUUAUGAAUUCAAAAUAUCGAUGUAGAUUGUUUAGGAUGUAUAUAAUUGAUGCACCCAAAUUUUUUAAAACAUUUGGAAAAUCUUUUUUAAAUUUUGCACCAUCCUAUAUGACUAAAAAAUUAAAAAUUUUAGAUACCAAUUACGUGCCUUAUCUAAGAGAGGAAAUCUUAGAAACACAAUUAGAAAGGAAGUAUGGAGGAAUACAAGAAAUCAAAAAUAAUAUAUUUUAUCCUUUUUCCUUUUACCCCAACUGUUAUCAUAUAAAGGAGGAGGUGGAGGAAGAAAUAGGAAAAAACAGUUAUGUCAAGUUUGAUGUUUUUAACGAGAUAAAUAAAAAAGUGUAUGAAUAUGUAACCUCAGGAUAUUCGAUGCACUUGAAGUUAAUAGAAAAUAGUAAUAAAGAAGAGAUGAAAAAACAGUGCUCCUAUUUAAAUGAGGAAUUAAAUUAUAGUAAUAAAUUUAAGAAGAGUAGUAGUAGUAAUAACGGUCUAAGUAAGAAGAAAAAAAAGAAAAAAAAACUAAGCGGAAAUGAUUAUUUUCUGAACAAAAAUUUCAUCAAUUCAGUUAUGAAGGAAGAAUAUCAUGUGGAUAAUAAUAGUUUUUUGAAAAAUAAUAAAUAUAUCAAUUCAAAAUGUAAAUAUAUUGUUAAUGCUGGAAGUUCACAUAUAUGGUUUUUUAAAAUAAAACAUUUAUAUUUGCCGAAUAUAACCGUUAGUUAUUUAAUAAGUAGGUUUCCCUUUUUAAUAAGCCAUCUCAUUGUUAAGUCAAAUUUUAACUCAAUGAGGUGCUAUUUUAAGUAUAUAGAGAACAAUAUAACAGUCGAGGCGCUGACUCACAAUACUACUGCAAGUAGCAGAAGAAAAAAUGGGGGGAGCAACGGAAGGGAUGGUAGACGAAGUAGUGGAACAAGUGGUAAUUGUCAUCAUAGCAUAGCACAUACAUUGAACACAUCGAAUAUCAUGCCAUCGGUAAGAAACACAGAAGAAGACCAUAGUACAUUAAAUAUCAUAAAAUCGUUAAGUAGCUUCAAUAUGAGUAGUAACUAUGAAAAGGAAAGUAAUAAAGAAAAAGGAAAAUUACGAUAUACCAACAAGUUAAAAAUAAAUAAUAAAAAAUUUGAAAAUACAGUCAUACAAGAGAGAUGUAAUAUAGAUGAUGAAAAAAAAAAGGAGAUUGAGUUAGAUGAAGAAGAGGCCAAAACUAGUGAAAUAAAAUUCUACAAAAAUUCUGUAUCCAUUUUUGAAGACAACAGUAAAAACUCAUUAGUUGCAGAAGGUCAUAUUUUAAAUAACAAUUAUACAUAUAGUAAUAAAGAAGACAAUAAACAAGGUAAGAAAAGUUUUUAUAAAAUUAAAGCAGCAAAUAGUUUAUUUAUGGAAGAGUUCACAGAACAAUAUGAAAAAAUAGAAUAUGCAGAAAAUGCUUUCUUAAAUAAGAUAGGUCUAGAUUGCAAUGCUUGUAAUAAUGCGCAACAGAAAUUCGAGAACACAGGAGCUGCUGAAAUAUGCCUGGGAAAAACAGCAAUGGAUUUUCAAAAAGUGUAUAAAAAUGGCGCUUCCAGUAGUAGUGUUAGCAGCGAUAGUCCUAGCGGUAGUAGUAGUAGUCAUACUGAUAGCAGAAGUAGGCAUACCGGUAGCAGCAGUAGACAUGCCGGUAGUAGCAGUAGACAUACCGGUAGUAGCAGUAGACAUACCGGUAGUAGCAGUAGACAUACUGGUAGUAGCAGUAGACAUACCGGUAGUAGCAGUAGACAUACCGAUAGCAACGGUAAGUACAGUGCUUAUAAUAAUGCAUUACAAAACGAUAACUGUGGUGUCAAAUUAAGCUCAAAAAAACCAAUAAUUAGCCUUAAACCCAUUUUUCCAAAAAGGUUAGAUUAUGACCCAUCAAGUUAUAAGAAGAAUAGUGCUACCACUACUGCGAAUAACACCAAUUAUUCGAAGAGUACGAAUUGUGCGAAUACUACUAAUUACACUUAUACUACAAAUGGUGCUAAUAUUAAUGACUCUAAUUCUCGUAGUUCUAAGGUGUCCAAAAGCCCAUAUAAGAAAUUGACAACUGAAAACAAAUUUCAAGAGGACACGUUAGACGAUUCUACAUCUGAUAAUCAAUAUUACAAUAAAUCGAACAUCCUGUGCAAUCUUUCUCAAUCCGAUACAAAUGUAACAAACACUAUUGAUCAUGAAUUGCGUAAUGAAAACAAAAAAAAAAAUGUGAAAUUAUCUCAAAGUGCGUCAGAUAUUAACACAAAUAUAAAAUCUAAUGUGUCCGAGGAGGGAAAAAAGAAACUGAAGAAAAUUAAGAUUAUUGGUUUGCAAUUUUUUAACAAGACGGCUUCUAAAACGUAG